CCGCCAUGUUACAUUUUGUUACAUUUGACACUACCUGUUGAUUGAAGGCGUUCGUUCUGUUAGCUGCAGUUAGCUCUUACAUAAAAAGUGUUUUGAAGUGUUUGUUAGCUAAUAUGCCUAGAAAAGCAAAGUGCUGUGUUUUAAAUCGUUCCGACGUAACAUCUGUGCGAUAUAGGUUUCUCAGAAAUGAAAAAGCUCAACACUCGAGAUUUAGCGAAAUUAGCGACAAAUUGAUCAGUGAUGAACGAGCACCGAGUUUGCCGAGAUUUAAGAAUGGACAGCUUUUCCGAUAACUCCUCAAGGUACGAGCUCGACUCUGUGACCUCGACAGAUUCGCUGCACUUGAUAACGGACGAAUUUCGACUAAGGCACGUCUCAACCCCGGACGUGUCGAGUGCAGAAUUAUCAAAGCGCCUGGCGGUCCUCGAAGUUGAAAACGAGAGGUUAAGAGUAGACCUUGAAAAUUCUCAGGUCGAAUUGAAUGGAAGAGUCGUGGGAAACCAGUCGCUGAAGGACAAGAUCACCGAGCUGUACAUCGAGGCUCAGGCUUCGCUCCAGGAAAGGCUUACGCUCGACAAUGAGUUAAAGAAUGCCAAGAGGCAGGUGCUGGCUGCUGAGAAUUUGAGGCAGUGGUAUCAGGCACAGAUCCACGAGUUGCAGGCCAGCAAGAGGGGCCUCCAGGUCGAAGUUGAUACUUAUCAACGACUGGUGAAGGAGAAGCACGAAGUGACUUUGGCUCUGACUGCCAGGUGCAAGCAGGCCAAUGACGAAUACAUCGUACUGAGUAAAAAGUUGAGAAAAGAGCGCCAGGAGUUGAAGGAAGAAAUAGAACAGCUCAGGGCAAAACUUACACUAGGUCAAGCAGUGGCUAUGCCACUCAAGGACCCCCAGACUCGCCUGUCGCCCGAUUUGUCAACCAAACUGGAAUCAACCGAGGACGAGCUUAGGGACACGAGAGUUGAGCUUAAAGCAAUGGAGCAACGCCUCAUCAGCGUAGAGGUUCAGAAAAACUCACUGGAAAGUGCACUAGCCAAGUACAGAGAGUUGAUAUCCAGUAUGGGGAUAAACAUGGAGAAGUGCGAGAUGGAAAAAAAUGAGGCCAAGAGCCGACUCAACGCCGUGCAGAUUGAACUCAAUAAAGUUAAGUCUGAGAAGGAUGUCCUUGAAUCGACGCUCUUGAACUCCAAACAGGAACAUGGCCAAGUUGAACAGGCGAUAGUCCAAUUGAAAUCUCAACUUAACAAAAUGAUUGCUCAACACAAACUGAUUAAAACAAGAAACAUCGAGUUGGAGUCUAAGGCCGCUGUGAUUCAGGAAAUUAAAAAUGAGAACAAGACCUUAAGGUCUCGUUCAUUUGCUGCUAAUAGUGCUCUGUUCAAGAAGCUGAGAGAUGCCAAACGGAAGAUCAGAUAUUUGGAGGAGCAAGUUAACAGAGAAGACAGCAGAAAGCAAUUGUUUCAAGCGAGGAUUGAAACAGACACCUCUUUACAGGAAUGUCUCAAGCGGGCUCUUGAGAGAAAUAAGGAGCUGAACGAUCGACUGAAAUUAAUUUCAAUGGCGAAUAAGUUGGAAGAAAGUAUUGACGAGGGAUAUGGAGACGGAUUUUAUCAAAAUAUAACUACGGAAAUUCCUUCCCCAGUUCCUCUAAAUGCCGAAUUAAUGCAUAGUGUAACACGGGUUUUGGCUAGCGGUAAAAAUUUACUGGUUCCUGUACAGGCAGGACUGGAAGAACUGCAUAAAAAGCUUGAAACCCUUGAUCUAGGACAUCGUGCACGAUUCUUGAACUCCGGGCAAAUGUCCUCAGAUUCACCUACAAACAGUGCUAGAAUUGGAACCGUGACGUGUAAUUCGUUGACGAAUUAUGGAAUUUCCAUGCAAAGUCAUUAUAAGCUGGUGUCGCAUCGUCAGUACGGCACGUUGUCCCUGAGAUGCGCCUGUUUCCGGUACUCGUAAGCCUCGCAUUUCCCCCACCACGAUCUUCGCUGGCAGGCUUUUUGCG